AUGGCGGCUAAGCGUGUUUGUAUUGCGGAAAUUUUAUGGUUUUUGUUAAAUAAUCAAGAAAAUUUAAAUGACGAGGGUUUUAAAUUGGAAGUUGUAGAAUUCUAUACUAAUGAUGAAAUACUUAAUGGUAAAAAAAUUUUAUUAACUGAAAUAGAAGAGAAAAAUAAACAAUUGAUUGUGCAAUUAGCUAAACAAUUGAAUAAUAGAAGCGAUAGUGCACGAACGUGUAACACAUGUGAACAACAAAGCAAUAACGGUAAAGGUCGUUUGCAACGUAUUGAAAGUGUAAACAGCGCAAGCCUUCUUUCAGGUGAUAAUGUUGACAACUGCGCUAGUAAAAAAUCUUGGGCCGACAGAACCGCUAAACGCUACACGUCGCAAAGUGAGUCGUGUGAUGAAAUUAUCGGCGACGAUGGUUUUCAAGUGGUGAGAAGUAAGAAACGAAAAAAAUCGUCAACCUCUCCACAACUGGCAUCCCCAAAACCUGCGUCAAAACCAACUUCAAAACAAAUGAAAACCUACGGUACUGGCAUCAGCUGCCCAUUGAAAGCGUCGAAAAUAAUAGAGGAAAAAAUUACCUAUUAUAUCGGAAAUGUCAAUACAUGCAACAAAAAUAUAAUUGAGGACCAUCUGAAACAAAACAACAUAGCUUUUCUACAAUGCUUUCCUGUACUCCGUAAGAAAAAUCCGGAUGAUCCUUUGGUAGAGAAAAGUCAAACUACGGAAUCGACGGCUUUCAAAAUUAUAAUACCUUUGAAUGAACGUGAGAAACUGGUUAAUCCUGACAUAUGGCCCAUGCACACGUUCUUGCGCGAGUGGGAUUACAACAUGUCAGCAAGUAAGAAGAAAGAUGGAAACUUUCGGCCAACAACAAUCAACAUCAAUCAUGGAGGCAACAGCUGA